CAGCUGUCACAUGACCUACCUUUGACGGCUGAGCAAAAAAGAGUCUUGUGAUCAAUUGCAGUGGCUCCAGGGUGAAGAAACAUUUUCGGGCAGGCAUAUUUUGCUGUUUUGCACACUUUUUCCCAACCCGACCAGUAUUGACGCGCAACAAAAAUGCCCAUCUGCGGACCGAAGCUUUCCCUGUGCGGUUUGAUCAUCUCCGUCUGGGGUAUAAUCCAGCUGCUGCUGAUGGGAGUGUUCUACUACAUCAACAGUGUCGCCCUGAUUGAGGAUUUGCCGCUAGAGGAGCACUAUCCGACGCCGCAAGAGUUCUAUGCGGCCGCUGACGUCGCGUACAGUCAGAACGCCUACAACUGUUGGAUCGCUGCCUGUAUCUACGUCGUAACGCUGCUCGUCUCUGUCCAGCAGUUCCACGCAAACAGCCGUUCGACGGUCGCCUAAAUUCUCCCCAUCCUUACACCCAUCUUCAUACUCUCCCUACAAGAGCAAAAACGAAAACACCUUCGGGCAUAAUUUAAUAUGAAGGGCCGGUACUUUUAAAACAAAAUCCAAAGCAGCUGCUUUAUUCCUACGAUGUAAAUAUGUGUUUAGCCCCUCACCAGUUUGUUUCCCUGCGUUCCAACGAACAACAAUGCCUGUGUCUGCACAACAACAUUCCGUCAUCGAAAUUGAGCUCCGAUUGGGCAUCAUUAACAUCCUAAGCAGCCCGACACACACACGUGCACGUUCGAAUCACCAGAAAAUUCCUUCGUUUCGUUACAGUACUCUUUGUUUUUAGCUCAGGCCGCAACAGAAGAUCGUAGUUUCGCCUGAUAGAGAAAACCCAUUAUCAAUGGAGCCAUACAGUGAACAAAACGUGAAUAGUCCAUGCUAACAGACAUACACACAACACAUCCCAAAAAACCAGUUCCGGAAGGUUCGUCUAAAACUGCUAGAGGACACAACCGUUUUUUCUCCCUUCCAUCUCUAUACGAGUGUACACUCGGAAGGAGUGAUAAAUGUAAAGAAACGGUAAAUAUAUAAUGAAAGUUUAAACCCAACAAUAGCAAAAGUGUCAUUUGGUUUAAUUUCUGAUGUAAUAAUAAAUGGUAGUAAAAUAUGUUUUAUGUUGCAA